GUCUUGUCUUGCUCCUCUUCCUCGACUCGUCCGUUCAGAGCUCGUUCGCAGCCACAGAGACGCGCCGCCGCCCCGCCCAGCCCUGCCAAUCCUACCCUAGGCAGCGGCAGCCUCCUCCGGCCCUUCUCCCCCGCUUGCCCUCGUGCACGCAGGCGCUCCGCAGCGCGCGCGGGGACGGCAGCCGGCAGGAGUCGCGCAGCAUCACAGCCACCAGACAGCAGCCUGGAGCAGUGGUUGUCUGCAGUGCUUUGGUUGGCUGGCAGAAGUCGAGGGGCCGGGCGUCCGGAGCUAGGGUUCGGCUCGCUCACACAGGCGCACUUCGCCACGCCCCGCGCCGGAGUGAGGAGGUCGCGACCAGUCUCCGCAUCCAGCGCAUCGGCCGUUGGAGCCUUGGAGGGACGCCGAGAAGACUACGAGUAUGCAUGAUUUUUAUGCAAGCAGUUCAGUUACUCCUCCCCCUGCCGAUGUUGAGCCUGGAGUUGCCCCGGCUAACGUGACUGCAAAUCCCCUUCCCUUAGUUGCUGUGAGCACAAUGCCUCCUGAGGCUGAAGCCCCAAAUGAGGAGAGCAAUGGUACCACAUCCGAUGAGAGUACAAACCGACCAAGGCAGCGCAUACUAGAAUUUCAUCCAAGUAAAAUUAUUAAGAAUGACAUUGGAGACAAGAACUUCUCAAUCCUUAUUGAUGAGGCUAGAUAUUGCUCAGUAGAAGAGCAAAUGGCAGUGACUGUGAGAUUUCUUGAUGACCACGGGGAGCUCCAGGAAAGAUUCCUUGCAAUUAAGCACAUCACGGAUUGUACAUCUGCUGGAAUUAAAGAAGCUUUGGUUGAUGUGUUGGAUUAUCAUGGUUUGCAAAUUUCUAGGCUAUGUGGACAGGGUUAUGAUGGGGCUUCAAAUAUGAGAGGGGAAUUCAAUGGUUUGCAAAAAUUGGUUAGAGAUGAAGCUCCAUAUGCAUUUUAUGUUCAUUACUUUGCUCACCAGUUGCAGUUGGUGGUUGUCAAUGUUGCUCAAUGUAGUCCUGCUAUUGCUGAUUUCUUCAACUAUAUCCCACUUAUAGUGACUCAAGUGCGUUCAUCUUGCAAGAGGAAAGAUGCAUUACUGGCCAAACAUCAAGACGAAUUGUUAGAUUUGAUGGAGAAUGGAAAGAUUUCAUCCGGAACCUGGUUGGAUCAAGAAUCUAGCAUAACAAGACCAGGAGAUACUCGUUGGGGCUCACAUCUCAGAACCUUGCUUCGUAUAUUCACAAUGUGGAAUGCUGUGGUGGAUGUGCUAGGAAUUGUAGUGGUUGAUGCUCGGGAACACACUUGUCAAGGUGGAGCUUCAGGUUUGCUUAUUAAGAUGGAAUGCUUUGAAUUUGUGUUCAUCAUGUUUUUCUCAAUAAACUUGUUGAGCACCACAAAUUAUCUAUCGCAAGCUUUGCAAAGAAAGAAUCAAAAUGUUGUUGAAGCCAUGCAUUUGAUCUUAGAUGUGAAAGAAAGCUUGCAAGACAUGAGGGACAAUGGGUGGGAGUCUUUAUUCAGUCAAGCCAAAAACUUUUGUGAGGCACAUGACAUUGAUGUGCCAAAUAUGGAUGAUCUUGUUGGAGCUAUGGGUCAAUCUGUUCGCACUAAGAAUAAGGUGACUCGACUUCACUAUUACAAGGUUACCAUAUUCAAUGUUGCCAUUGAUGCAACUAUCACUGAGAUGAAUCAUCGAUUCAAUGAAGUUUCCACCGAGUUAUUGGAUUGUAUUUCUUGUCUUAAUCCGGCAAACAACUUCUCAAAGUUUAAUGCUGACAAACUUAUUCGGCUUGCUGAAAUUUAUGCUGAGGACUUUACGUAAGCUGACCGGUUGUUGCUAAGAUUUGACCUUCCAAGAUUCCUUAUGAACAUUAGGAGAAGUGAGGAAUUUAAUGGAUGCCGAGAUGUGUCCACACUUGCUCGAUUGAUGGUUCAAACAAAGGAACACACAUCUUUCCAGUUGGUAUAUCGCCUCAUUGAGUUGGCGUUGAUUCUUCCUAUGGCAACUGCACCAGUUAAGUGAAUAUUUUCGGCAAUGAAGAUCAUCAAGACAGAUUUGCGUAAUGAGGUAUCAAAUGAAUGGCUAAAUAGAUUAAUGGUGUGCUACUUUGAGAAAGAGAUAUUUAGAAGCAUUCAUGAUGAUCAAAUCAUGAUACAAUUCCAGAAAUUAAGGCGUGAAGGACAUUUGCCUCAUGAGUUCAAUGUUAUUUCUUAGAGGCAUAUGCCAGUUUUACUAGUGUUAAUAGUCAACAUUGCCCUACUAUUCUAUCACUAAUAAUUGUGCUAAUCUGGGCAGAUGGCUUGCGGCUGGUCAUUCGGGCAUACAUUUCUAUAUUUUGGUUUGGAGGUGUUCUACCAUAGCAUUAGUUUGAAACAACACUGUAUCAUUGUUUUGGUCUUCUAGUUGUUGCUUCUCUAGUACUUGAUGUAUUGGUGUGUGAACUGUAUGAAACUUCAAGGUAUGGUCAAACAUGUUACUAGUAUUGGUCUUAAAAGAAUUCAUGUCAUUUUGAGCACAUGUUUGUCUGAAUUGGCAAUACCAAAUUGGUUCAAAUUUUGAUA